AACAAUUUGAACAUUCAAUGGUAAUGAGGGGGCCAAAAAAGAAGGCCCCUUCUCCAACCAGCUUCAGCUUAUUAUUCAUAGCCCCACGUACCUUAAGAACAUGGACUAAAUUAUUGCACUCUUCCCUACUUAAAUCUUUGUAUAAUUGCACUCUUUCUCUCUCAUUUCAAACACCAUAAAACCUCUUGUUGAACAAAGACACUUACUUGUGCUUGAAGCAACAACAUAAUCAAUCCUAAUUUAGAAUAUUCAGCAACUUCCCAAAUAUAAAUUAAACCCUUCUUUGUCACCACUCAUCAUUGUCUUCGAAUCCAACCAAAAGAACUAACACGUGGGUUGCAAUAUUCUGUCCCUCUUCUCCAUCAUACAAAUAUUCUCAUCCUUAUAAUAACUACCAACAUAGAUAAUAAGAUAAAAGCGGUUUCACAUGGAUAUCGAGAUAGAGUCAGCAAAGUGUGAGUGUUGUGGCUUGAAAGAGGAUUGCACUCAAGACUACAUCAGUGAGGUGAAGUCGAAAUUUGGUGGAAAAUGGUUAUGUGGGUUGUGUUCAGAAGCUGUUAGAGAUGAAGCUAUUAGAGGGAAAAGGACAUUUGCAAUGGAAGAAGCAAUGAAAUCUCACAUGUUGUUCUGUCGUCGGAUUAAAUCGAAUCCUGCCGUUUGUGUUGCUGAUGGUAUGAGACAGAUGCUUAGGAGAAGGUCAACUGAGUUGUCUUCAUCAAACAAACGCAGUGCGAAGUCAACCACGACUUCUUAAAUUGAUGAAAGAAAAACAUGAGAGAUUGGAAAGGUUGAAGCAGGACACACCAUCACUCUGUUUUUUUGGUAUGGUUGGAAUAUAUGUUUAGUUGCCUUUUUGUGGCUAUGUUUUUCAUUUUGUCUGCUUGUAUAGUGACUGUUACUUCACA